CCAAUUCGUUCAUCUUCCUCAGUUGCGCGGCCUUCAAUCAUCUUCCUCAGUGACGCGUCGUCGAGCGUUGUUCAUCGUCGGCGAUCAAUUUGCCUCAAUCGCGCCUACGCUUAUCUUCCGCAGUCAUCGCGCCCUCGCUCAUACCUUCUUUGUUUCGCCCCUAUUCAAGCUACUGCUUCAAUUGUGCUAGCGCAAACAAUAAUACAUAGAGGUUAUAACAUUGUUUGAAAUGGAUAAGAGUUGGAUUAAUAUGAAUAGAACAUCGACACAAUAUAUAGGUGGUGUUCAAGCGUUUCUCGAUUUUGCUUUUGCAAAUGCUCCAAACAGUAAUGUGAUUGUUUGCCCUUGCAAUCAUUGUAAAAUUGGGCGGAAUCGCUAUUUUAAUAGAGAUGAAGUAACAGAACACAUCAUGUUUAAUGGGUUUUGGCCUAAGUAUACAGAAUGGGUGCAUCAUGGGGAACCAAUUUCGACUACACAUAUUCCAAGCCACACCAACACUUGCAAUGAUGCAAACUUUGUUGGUAAUGUGGACACUAAUGCAUUGUUUAGUGAUAUUUUAGGGAUAUGCAAUCAAGGGAAUUAUAAAAAGAGGCCCGAUACUGACUCAUGUAAUCCUCCUGAUAUGGAUCCUUUGUUUGGGAUAGAUGGUGAGCAAUUUGUGGUAAAUGAUGACUUUAUUGAUGAACUUAACUCUUACGAUGGUAUGAAUGAAGAUGAGAACUUUGAAGAAGUUGGGUACAAAAAUCUAGUUGAGCAAGCCCAUCAGGAGUUAUAUCUGCACUACGUCAAAAACAGAUGCUGACAACUGUUUCUUUUAGUAGUCUCUCGGUGCUGAUUUCAGUAGUCUUCCGAGCAACUGUCUCAUAUAUUUACAGACUAUUGUUUAAAAACAAUUGUGUAAAAUGGUUGACGACACCUGUUUUGUAAUGUUUUAGAGUACCACAUUUUAGUGUUGUCCCUGUAUGAGUAAGACAUCUGUUUGUUAGAGUUAAAGAGAACUGUGAUUUUUUGUUGUCUAUCUAUAAUGAAUACUACUGUUGUUU